AUGGCACAGGUAAGGGCUCUGAAGGAAAUCAUGGCCCUUUUAUCUGCUAACAGCACAGCUGCUGUGAACAGCUCUGACACUCGCAUGGCAGGCUGCUUGCUCAUUGGCAUCCCUGGGCUGGAGCACCUACACAUCUGGCUCUCCAUCCCCUUCUGCACUGUGUAUGUAGCUGCCCUGGCAGGCAACAGCAUUUUAAUUUGCGUCAUCCUUUCUCAGCCAAGCCUGCAUGAGCCCAUGUACAUAUUCCUGUCCAUGUUGGCCAGUGCUGAUGUCUUGCUCUCCACUUCCACCAUGCCGAAAGCACUAGCCAACUUCUGGCUUGGUUCUAGUCACAUUUCCUUUGAUGGCUGCCUCACCCAGAUGUUCUUCAUCCACUUCCUCUUUGUGGCUGACUCUGCAGUCCUGCUAGCCAUGGCCUUUGAUCGCUAUGUGGCCAUCUGCUCUCCUCUGCAAUAUGCUAUAAUCCUCACAAACACGGUCAUUGGGAAGAUCAUUGCUGCCACCCUGAUCCGCAGCUUCAUCAUCAUGUUUCCAUCCAUCUUUCUUCUCAAGUGCCUGCACUAUUGCUGGAUCAACAUCAUCACACAUACAUUUUGUGAGCACAUGGGCAUUGCCCGACUGUCCUGUUCUGAUAUCUCCAUCAAUGUCUGGUAUGGGUUGGCAGCUGCUCUCCUCUCCACAGGCCUAGACAUCAUCCUUAUUGCUGUUUCCUAUAUUCACAUUCUCCGAGCUGUCUUCCACCUCCCUUCUCGAGAUGCCCGGUCCAAGGCCCUGAGCACCUACAGCUCCCACGUCUGUGUCAUCCUAGUUUUUUACAUCCCUGCCCUCUUUUCUGUCUUUGCCUACAGGUUUGGUGAGAGACGCAUCCCACGCUAUGUCCAUAUCCUCCUGGCCAACCUCUAUGUGGUCGUCCCACCUAUGCUCAAUCCCAUUAUUUAUGGAAUGAGGACCAAGCAGAUUUUGGAAGGGGCUAAACAGAUGUUUUCAAAUCUUGCUAAGAAAUCCAGAUAA